AUGCUCAAUCAACUACAGUGUGUUUUAGAAAGUAGUAUUGUUCCAAAACAAAGGGGAGAAACUGUUAACGAAAGAGAACAACCUAAACCUCAACAACCCAAGCCCCGAGUUAAGAAGCCUACUGAUGAACAACAUAAGGAUAAACUGAAGAUAGAUCUUAAUGUUAACGAAGCUUCGGGAUCUAAAGGAAAGGAAAAGCUAUUAGAUGAUGAUAAAAUUAAAGAAGAAUUAUUUGGAGGGGAAAAGCAGACAAAAAAGAGUCGUGACAAAGUUCUUGAUGAUCUUCUGACUCUUCGCCAAGAAUUAGAAGCUAAAGAAGCUGAGGAAGAAGUUUCAAAAGUCAUUCUUGCAACUCGGCAAACUCUCUUUCCUUUAUGGACCUUAGAGAGAAUUCAGAGAGAAGAAAUCGAUGAUUUGAGUGUUCAUUAG